AUGGCACAUUAUGAUUUUAAGAAUUUCAUGUCAACUAAGUUUAUUGAUGAUUUCGGAAAAGAAUUCAAGAAACAUGAAGUGCUUUGGCAAUCAUACUUACUUAUGGACCCAAAUCGACUUAAGUUUGCGAAGAAAAAAGCAUACAAGAGUAUUGCAUACAAACUCAACUUGAUGGUGGACAUGGUCAUUGAACUGUUAAAAGAUUUCCCAAAUGUUUGCUUCGACAUGUUGAAAAAGACGUUCACGAAGAAAUAUAAUGUGUCAGGUUCCAGUGUGUCUGAAAGUCCGAAACAGCAGUUGCCCAAAUGGCUGCUGUAUUUGAUGAUGAAGUCUGAUAUGUUUGAGAAGAUAAAACAGAAUGAGCAACACAAAACGGUAACUGAGUGCCAUGAACCGGAAGUCUUGAUCCAGGAAUUGUUGACCAGUGUGGAACACUCGCUCGAAGUUAGUUACGGCAAGAUAUUUAGAUUGAUAGGACCAUGUGCUGUGAAAUACUUCGCAAAGAAAUAUGGAGUGAGUGUAGCUGAUGUUGUACCAGUAUGUCAUCUCCACGAUGUACCGGGAACACUCAGGCUGAAUCAUGAAGAGUGGAAGGUCACUGACCUCAUACUUCUGUGCUCGCAUGAAUUACAACUCAUUCAUUUGUCAAACUUUUCGACCGGACGGAAUCACAGUUCGCUGAUUCUUCUUUACAAACUAAUGGUUGCUGCUAGAACUUUUUAUUCCCAAGAAUUACAAGUUAAUAAAAUUGGAAACGCCGAAAAGGAUGAAAAUAAUGAUAAAAAUAAAAGUGAAAAUGAUACAGAAAAAGUAUUGGAUGAUUUGAAUAAAAGUAAACCCAGUCAAGAGGUUACAGAUGAGGCAGGGAAUAAUGAGAAUGCACCAAAAAUAAAUCAAGCGAAUGGUAUUGAUAUGGAAAAUGAUAGAAAUUAUGCACAAACAAAUAACUCUAAAGAUGUUUCAACGAUACUUUUAAAGGUGGAAGGUAUAGACGAAAACAAUUGGUACGGAAAACCUGAGGAACAAAAAGUUGUGUGGGCGUUGGUUUACACUGGGUUCAUUAACCGAUGCAUGUCCAACCCGGUGUUAUCCCACGAGGUCCGCGCGUCCUUCUGCCGCCUCAUGCUGCACCUGCACGUGGACCGCGACCCUCAGGAGCCCGUCACACCCGUCAAGUACGCGAGGCUGUGGGCAGAGGUCGCCGCCACCAUACGAGUGAACGAGUCGGUGCCACACGAUGAGGACGACGCUGCUAUGGACGAGCUGCUGGGCCUGGCGCACGAGUUCCUCCAGCACUUCUGUCACGGGAACACACAGAACCAGGCCAUACUACACAAACACCUGGAUCUGUUCCUCAACGCUGGAGUAAGAACAGGCUAUUGA